CCCAUAAAGUCAUUAGGAAAGUGUUUCCUGAGGACAAGGCAGGGGGAAGUUUUUCCGUAGACUUCUGUAACCCAUGGUUAUUUUAUUGCCAAUUGUAUUCUAUUUUUAUUCUAAUUUUAAGUGUUACUGUUUGCUAAGUGUUGAGUUUUCCCAUGUACCGUGAAUGCACCAUAGCGCUGUGCGUGGUGACUUUCUUUCACUGCAUCCGCCUGCACGGAGCUAGAUGUGCAAAGCUGUGUAGAAAUUCAGUCCUGUAACUCGUUGCGCUACAGAAUUAAUGUUUUCUUUGAAGAAUAUCCUGAAAUCUGCUGCAAGGACCGAGCGGUGCCAUCUAAGGACUGGAUGCCACUGGAGGUGCCUAGAAAGGACGUUCUCAAUCUGAAGGCCACCUGUUUCCUUGGAGGGUGGUAGGAUACAACGAUUUGCAAUUUUUUUUAAGGAUUAACGUUUUUACUGAGAUCUCAGGACGCUUUAUGUUGUUACUUUUUUCCUUUUUGGGUCAGAUCUGAUUCCACUUAACACAAAAAACUAUUGCAUCAAAAAGCAAACCAGUGACUAAAGACAAUUAACACUUACUAAGAACACUGAAUACUGACGGGCAGAAUGCCAGGGAGUUUGCAGGGAGGCUGUUAAAAGAAGCGCUUGGUCUGGACGAGACACCUGUGAUUGACAGAGCCCACAGAGCUUUGAGAAAGAAGCCCGGAGAUAACGAACCACCCCGACAUCUUAUUGUAAGAGUUCACUACUGCCACACCUAUGAGGACAUCAUGAAGAAAGUCAUGGGCACCCGGGAUAUAACAUUUUGUGGCCGGCGGAUUCAGAUUUUCCGGGACCUGCCACCUGAGGUGGCAAAGCGCCGAGCUACGUUCACCGCUAUGAGGAGGAUGCUACGCGACAAACCGGGGGUCAAAUACGGACUUCUUUACCCAGCCAAACUACGAGUGUCUCACGACGGUAUCGAGAAGUUUUUUACUGAUCCGGAAAAAGCACGACAGUAUGCAGAACGCCCCAUCGGAGACGUGGAUAACGGAGGAUCACGGGAUCCUGUCCCACGUGAGAUAAGGGCAGAUAAUGCCACAAUACACCACCCAGAACGCGAAUAACCUCUACGCAGGUGACGUCUAGCAUUUUAUUACUGACGGGGUUUUGUUUUUCUCUGUGUACCUAAGAGUCAAUAAUCCGGGCAGCUUGCGGUUAAAGGCGUAUGUUAGUAAUGUUAUACUUGUUAAUGAUGUUACAUGUUGCGGUCUCACACUUGGUUUUAAGGGCUGGUAGUUAGACACCCUUUAACUUGUUUUUGAACAACUGUAUUGUUUUGUUUAAUAGUGACGAUAAUGUACCUUCUGAUCCUUUUUUUUGUGAUAUCUGGUCUAUGCUUAAUGUCUUUAUGGAGCUACACAGAGCACUUGUUAUGUCGGAGGUUGCGACAGAGGAUGGUUAGAAGUACGCAUGGUCUUGUUGGGAGGAUGGCAGGUUCCCCUCCCUGCUAUGACCUAGGUGUGUGCGUGUUUGUUUGUUUGUUUUUUUGUUUGUUUUUGUUUGCUUGUUUUCUUUCUCUUUUUUUUCCUGCUGUGUUUACUUUGUAUUUCCAUGGGUGGGGUUGUUGGGCGGGAAGGUGCUAUCGGUAGAAAAUGUUCUAGUCAAUACGGGACAAUACACAUAAAUCACUAACAGUAUGGCCUCAAUAGAUGGUGAUGGAAAUAAUGGGGUGAACAGGAGAGGGCUUGUAACUUUUUGCUCUUGGAACGUGAAUGGCAUCAGUGAACCAAUAAAACGUGGUAAGGUGUUGGCAUACCUAAAAUCAUUGAAAUCAGAUGUUAUUUUCUUGCAGGAGACACAUCUUAAAAAUGAUGCACAUUGCAGGAUUAGAGCUAAGUGGAUAGGGCAGGUCUAUCACUCAAGGUUUUCCGCAAAGGCAAGGAGUACAGCAAUAAUUAUUUGUAAAAAUGUGCCAUUCAAACAUAAAUCUACCCUGGCAGAUAAGGAAGGGAGAUAUAGCAUGGUGGUAGGAGAAAUUCAGUCUAUACCAAUCACAUUGCUGAAUGUCUAUGGCCCGAACAGGGAUGACCCAGAGUUCUUUAGAAAAACGUUUAGCUUGAUCCCGGAUAUUUCAACUACAAAUUUGAUACUUGGAGGAGACUUUAAUUUAGUUUUAGAUACCUAUCUGGACAGGUCAUCAGCUCAGACAGUUGCGCCAUCGAAUGCUUCUAGGUUUCUGAAAUCAUUUAUUGAUAAUUUGGGUCUUGUGGAUGUUUGGAGAACCUUGAAUGCAACCGGAAGGGAAUAUUCCUUUCACUCUGGGGUUCAUAAUACGUACUCCCGUAUAGACUACUUUCUAUUAGAUAGUAAACUGUUACAUGGAGUCCAAAGUAGUAAAUAUCAUAAUAUCCUUAUAUCAGAUCAUAGCCCAGUGUCUAUUUCACUAAAUUUACAGUGAUAAUUAAUCUUCAGGUGGUAAUUAUAAACACUGGCGAUUAGACCCUCAACUUCUUACGAGGAAAACAUUCUGCAAUUAUCUGGAAGAACAGAUCAAGUUGUUUUUUGAGAUGAAUGACAAAGACGAUGUAUCACCUCUUUUAUUGUGGGAGACAUUUAAAGCAUAUGUUAGGGGCUGUGUAAUUUCUUUUCAGUCGUCUGAGAAAAAAAACGUAAUAACAUGGAACGCAUACAGUUGGAGGUUCAAACACAAAAAUUGGACUCUGAGAAUGCCAGACAACGGUCUGUACAGCUGCAUAGUAAAAUAUCAGCUCUGAAGUAUACACUCAAUAACUUGCUCUCAGAUAAAAUUUCCAGGGCCUUCAUGUAUGUUAAGCAGACCUAUUUUGAAUUUGGUGAUAAGCCACAUAAAUUACUGGCCAGGCAUCUAAGGAAGAGAGAAAGUGAUAGGGCCAUUCAUGCAAUCAGGUCAGACUCGUGGGUUGUUGACUAAUUCUUAUAAGGAUAUUAAUACCGCUUUUAGACAGUUUUAUGAACAGUUAUAUACAUCUCAGUGUAAUGCACCUCCUGAAAUUAUGCAGGAUUUUCUAAGCAAAUGUAACUUCCCUACAUUGGCACAAAAGGACAGGACACUUCUAGAUGCAGACUUAAUAUGUCCAGAAUUGAUUAGUACCAUACGCUCCCUGAAAAAUGGGAAGAGCCCAGGACCUGAUGGUUUAUGUAAUGAGUUUUAUAAAAAGUUUAGCAGUUUACUAACCCCAUAUUUGCUAAAAAUGUUUAAUAUGGCCUUGGAAGAUGGUGCACUCCCUCAGACCCUGAAUGAAGCAAGUGUGAUUCUCAUUCCAAAGAAAGGAAAGGACCCAGAAUUGAUACCUUCAAAUAAGGAGCUAUGUAAGGUCCCAACUACAACAAUUUGAGUCUCCAACUCCAGGUAAGCUUGACCAAUGCCUGGUGGAUUGUAUAACAGAAAAGCAUGCUGUUGCUUUUAUAUAUGAGAUAUUACAGUCACUCCAGCAGAAGGAUACAGGUAAAAUAAAAUCAGCUUGGGAAAAGGAAUUAGGGUCAGAAAUUCAUAAUGAUGUCUGGACUAAAGGGCUACGUUAUGUUAAUUCCUGCUCUAUCGACGCCCGACAUAGGUUAAUUCAGUUUAAAAUUUUGCACAGAUUGCACUACUCGAAGACAAGAUUACAUCGGAUAUUUCCUGAAACGUCACCCAUCUGUGAUAAAUGUCAAUGUGCAGAAGUCUGUGAAGGUUCUCAGUCAAGCAACUCAAAGAAGUCCAGACGCUUUUCUUUGCAAACUCCUUUGACAAUGUGCAGAAGCUGAUCUGCUUCACAGUUUUGUAAUGUGUAUCAAAUUACAAAGUUUUGGGGCGUCAGUUUUUUCUUUUUUUUCCAAACUUUUUGAUGUGCAGUUAGACCCUGACCCCAUUUUGAUUCUUAUUGGACUGUGGGGACAAUCUAAAAAACUUAAGAGCACACAGAUUUCCCUCCUGUCCUAUGGCCUUAUGUGUGCAUUCUCCUCCUAUGGAAGGGAAAAGAAGUGCCCUCCUUGAAAGUCUGGAUUUCAGUACUGACAGAUACUCUUCAUCUGGAAGGGAUCCGCUACAUUAUAAACGACAAACUGGAGGACUUCCAUCAGAUUUGGAGGCCGCUCAUUGAGCACCUGGAAACUAUGAACAAAUGAGAGCUAUUAUGUGGACUUCACCAUUGCUUAAAAUAAGCUGAUAGCACUCUGGGAUAAGGGAAGGGUGUAGGGAGGAGGUUUGUUUGUUUGUUUGUUUUGUUGUUGUUGUUUUUGACCGCCCUUUUUGGUACUUUCCAUUGUCUUGGUUGUGUGUUUUGUUUUUUCCUGUUUUUGUUGAUUUUGUUUGUUUUCGGGUUUAUUUUAUUUAUUUAUUUUUUGUUCGCUUUGUUUUUCCCCUUUUCUUGAUGAUAAAACUGUAAAAAGGAAGCAAUGUCAGUCUAUGGGACAAUUUGUGAUUGUUAUUUGUGCUUCACAAUAAAAAUAUUUGAAGAGAAGAACACUGAAUACUAAGUGCACUGAACUGAAAUGGACAGCCUACCUAAUACAUUUAUGGACACUUUAAGUGAUAUAUUGUACAUUGUUGAGAUUCACAUGUUUGAAAUGAUUUAAAUGUUUUGUUCAUGCCUAUGUUUUGGACCAUUUAAAUGUUGAAUACACUCAAAUCACUUUUUUUCCUUUAAGUUGUUGUCAGUGUUUUUCCUUCUUUAAGUUGAGUUACCACUGCCAGUCUCCUUACGAUCCUAACUGAACCCAACAAGAGUAGAUUCUGAAAUAUUGUUUUUUUCCUUGACUUUGUGUGACAGAUUACUGUGGAUUUUACUGAUUUUGGACUACUCAGUUAAAAAGGGUGACACUUAGUGGCGAGCCAGACAGGAGAUUGGCAUAGUGGUUUUACCUCCAACUCAUAUGACACACUGAGUGAUAUGUUUAUUUUCGAAAAUGGCACUUGACCUUUGUGAACGCUUUAGAGUUGAUAGCCAGAAAACCCUGCUUAUUACAGGUAUUGAAAGACACCGUAGUGAACAUGAUAUAACUAAUGUUUUCGAAGUGAAUGGUAAGAUCUCUAACAUUGUCAGGGUCCCUGAUGAACCACAUCAGCCCGAAGGCAGAACACUUAUAGUGUAUGAGUCUUAACAGGCUACCUUAAAGAUAGACCCUUCCACCUUAGGGGAAGUUCUCAGUCCUGUAGACCCUACAGUGAAAUGGGUUUCCAAAACCGUCAGAGAUAUCACCCAAGAAGAAAUGGGCAAAGAAGUGGCCCGUAGAUACCUGAAGUAACUUGAGUUUAUGGGGGGCAGUGGCAGAGCAGGCUUCCUCAGUAUUUUCCAAGGCGAGUUGCAGGCCAGCCCCACACCCCAUACUCAGGCACGAUCACCCAUUGACCAUAACAUUAAUAUGACAGCUGACAACAUUCCCAAUACUGAUUCAAGUGAACCCGUAGAACCCACAAGUGCUUUCAGCCCACGUUCUGACGCGGUCGCUGGUCCAGUACAUGUAGACGAGAGCAUCUACAACCCUUCGCAUAUUCAGAAAGUAGUGGUUGAACAUAUUAUUUGUAAUGGGCCAAGUCACGCACCCCUUGCUCAUGCUAAGAUACGUACCUUCUCAGGCCGACUUCCACGGCCCAACGGUGAAGUCGACUAUGAGACAUGGCAUACCCAAGUCGAUCUUCUACUCAGUGACCCUUUUCUGACUGAUGCCCUCAAAGUGAGGAAGAUACUUGAGAACUUACUUAGCCCUGCAUCUGAAGUUGUAAAGCCUCCAGGGGUCACUGCAUCACCAAGUGCUUAUGUCACUCAGCUUGAUUCAGCCUUUGGAGUUGUUGAGGACGGUGAAGAGCUUUUCACUGCCUUUCUUGGCUCGAAUCAAAACAGCGGAGAAAACCCAUCUGCCUUCUUGAACCGUCUUCACAGCCUCCUCACACGAGUCAUUUCUAGAGGGGGAGCCACUCCUGCAAAUGUAAAUGAACUGCUUCUUAAGCAAUUCAUUAGAGGUUGCUGGGACCAAAGCUUGAUAAUAAGUCUUCAGCUUGAAGCAAAAAAGAGCUUUCCACCCUCGUUUCCAGAGCUUCUCCUCAUGUUGAGAACCGAGGAAGAGCGUCGUUCAGCCAAGUUGGACCGCAUGAAGAAACAUUUGGGUGCAACAAAAGCUGCUGCACAUGCACACUCAGUUUUUAGUAUGCCCACCUUUGACCAAGCACCACUUGCAACUCCUACUCCAACCGACAGUGAAGCUGUGAAACUCGAACAAAAAGUUAAUGAGCUCACAAAGCAAGUUGAACAGUUAACUUUAACUCAAAGGCCAAGGAGCACCACCCCAAGUACUGAACCUCUUGUGAGCACUAAAUCCAAAUCUGUGAACCCAAAACCGAAUGAAACUGCCAAGCUUGAAAGUCAAAUAGCCGAGUUGACCAAACAAGUCCAAAUGCUUGUCCAAAGCCAAAGACAUUCAACCAAACCUGAGAAAUAUGAGCCCCAAAAUUAUCUAGCUGUCAACACCAGAAACUCACAGGCUUUUGCUAAAGUCCCUGGCACACCUAGGGCAUGGUUUUGCUUUAAGUGUGGGGAAGACAAUCAUAUUGCAGUAAGCUGCACAAAUGAUGCCAAUCCCACACUUGUCCGAGAAAAGCAUGCAGAGUUGAAAAAGAAACAGGCUGAUUUUGCUGCACGAAAGGCCGCAGCCCCGUUUGCUUUAAACGAGUGGCAGCUCCUGUCGUGGGACACCCAGGAGCUGAAACCCUUGAUUCCCGUGGUCCUGAAGUGCAAAUCACAGAACCCAUUCAACCUAUAGACAGCCUAGAUCCUAACUCCCUCUUCCCUCAAGGUCUCAUAGGCCCACGCUGUGCAGCGUCAGUACUCGUUGACGGGGUGCCCUGUGAAUCCAUAAUGGACUCAGGCUCACAGGUUAUGACCAUUUCUGAGUCUUUUCACAAGAUGCACCUUUCUCACCUUCCCAUCCAGCCAAUACAUGCUCUUCUUGAAAUUGAAGGAGCAGGAGGGCAAAAUGUGCCAUACUUGGGUUAUGUUCAGACUUGCAUUACAUUUCCUGAAAACAUUGCAGGCAAAGAACAACAAUUAGCUGUUUUGGCCCUUGUUUAACAUUUACAUGCUCCCACUGGCACAGAUUAUAAAGAACAACAAAAUAAACUAUCAUAGCUACGCAGAUGA